AUGGGCAGUCGCACGCCAUCGCACUCUCACCGUCUACGGGAACGGGGCGGCCUGUCGAAGCAGCUAAAACGAGCCAGCGAUGACGGCAAGAAGAGCCUGCUGGAAGCCAUUUUCUCCAAGAAGAAGAGCGCCCACGGGAGCGCCCACGGCCCGCCGUGGUCCAGUCCGAGCCGCCGCGUGCCCCCGCCGACGCCAGAUCCAGCAGCAUUGGCCCGUGGGGUUGAGAUUUUGCACACUAUUUUUCCAAAGUGGGAGUCGGAGACGCUGCAGGUGGUGCUGGAGGCCAAUCGGUUCAUCAUGGAGGACACUAUUGCAGCGGUGCUGAACAUGGAGCAAGCGGAACACGCGGCGGUGCGAGCAGCCAAGUCUGACGGUGCAAAAGUAGCGUGCGAGAGCACUCGGUGGCCUGUGAAGCACCCACUGCCGGACGAUUUUCUACGGUUGCCAGACGACGAUGAGGUAGCGAAGGAUGCGCCGUCCGAGGAAGGGAUUGCUGAAGAGGAAGAUGAGGAGUGCGGGGAAAGCGAAAAGGAAGAAGAAGGCGAGCUCGAGCACAAGGAAGAUGAUGUGGAGGCGUCUGACGUGGUGAACGACAGUCGGUCAGAUCGAUCGAGUAGCACGUUGGCAGAAGACGAUGGUACGCUGUAUGGAAAAGAGUUUGAUGACGACAGCGCAUCGACGGACGGGGUGAUCACUCGUGUGUUUGACGAUGCGACCAUUCGUGCCAACCAAAAGAUUGUGGCGGAUGCUAUGAACCAGAAGUUUCUCCCGGCGGAGCUGCGAAACAAGCGUCCUAGUAUCUUUGAUACGGCGCACAUUGAUGUGAUCAAGAAGAGCAAGCUGAAUUUGUUUGAAGCCGAAGCACGUAUCCGUCAUCGCGAGCCUCAUCUUGUGUUCGGUCUGCUGUCGAAAGCAAGUGAGAUUUACCGCAGCGGCGUAAUCUCGAGUCACGAGCUUGACUGCCUGCGGUCCAUGAUUUUGUCCAGGAUUCAGCCCACCAAAAUGUUGAUGGACAUGACGAUGAAAAUGAACAGCAUGAUGUCAGAUCACGAGUGGCACCUGCUCAUUCUCAAGGCAAAAGGAAUUCGUCAUGCUCUGUGCAUUCGAAUCUCUCGCGAAGAGAGCGAAGUUGCCCGACAUAGCGGUCACAUGGAGUACAUUGUCCGUGUUGUAGACGUGGAAAGUGGCGUCGUCUGGUUCACGCGCAAGCGCUUUCGUGAACUUUACAAGCUUCACCGCAAACUGAGCCGUUUGUCCGGGCAGGUGAAUGAAUGUGUGUUCCCAACUCGCCGUGCCCACGGCCGCAACUCGCAGAAUCAGCUCGCGUACGAUCGUGCGCCCGUACUGGAAAACUUUUUGCGUACGACAGCCGCGCUUGUUGCCCCAUCACCACUGACUUUUCUUCACGGUGUGGCUCUCAAGCAACUGCAGCAGUUUUUGGAAGUGCCGCACGUAGGUAUUCUCGAGCGCAAUCGAACCCAGCCCAUUUCUCGCGAGCUUCGCGUUUUCGUAUACCACACUGUGAACGAUUUGACGUCUCCUGAAGGAAAAGCUUGUCAGAAGUUUCUUACGAAGAUGAAGCAGAGUGGUUUCAGCUCGGGGAAGAAUGUGCUGGACGAAAUCGGGGACAUCUUGGACGGCGUGCAGGAGUACAUGCUUGAGCACCGGUUCGAGGAGAUGAAACUAAUUGUCCAGCGUUUGAUGAAGCAAAUUCUGUCGGGCAAUGCUGGCAGCCCGGCGCUUGGUCGGCACAGCUCCUUUGUGAGCCUGAUGACAACCGACACCGUAAGCAACCAGGACAAGCUGCACCAACUUGUGUCCGACGCCAUCCGGCACGAGCUGGAGGAUCGCAUUUGCGUACCGCUCAUGUACGAUUUGACGCAGUAUCUACGCCGACAUGUGCGACAUGAGGAGCAACAAUUCCGUCAGCGUGUGCUCUUGCUAAAAGGCAAGCCGCAGAGCUACUUUGGCAUUCCCGUGGACAAAAUUUCACUGAGCAGUUGGCGGUCCGUGGUGGACGUCGUGAAGGAGGUCGAUCGAGCCUUUCUGCCGCUGGACAAAAUGCGUAAAUUAGUCCACACGGCCCACCAGAUCCACGUGCUUUACAAAACGGAGCACACGAUGCACAACAUAUGCACGACUCCACGCCACCGUCGGCGAAACUCGACGCCUACAGCUGGCGUUUUGUGGCCGUCUCAGUCGUCGCCCUUACCGAUGAAUCGCAUGCUAUCGCCCUCGAAUAGCAGUUCCAAUCGAUCAUGUCGGGGCUUGACCAUCAGGGACGAAGCUGAGAUACCCGACGAGAAGCAAUCGAGCGGAGGCGAUGAAAAAGAAGAGGACGAAGAAGGAGACGGCGAACAAGAAGAAGAAGGGAAUGCAGUGGAGAGCGGGGCGUCUACCAAUUCACAGGAGGAGGACGUGCUAAGCGGCGACGACUUCUUGCCCAUUUUUAUUUACGUGAUCGUCCACAGUGGUCUGGAAGCGCCAAUCCUUACGCAAGUGCUGUUGAACCGCCUGUGUGACUUUGAAAAGCGACGAAGCGAAUCUGGGUACUACCUCGCAACGUUUGAGGCCGCUCUGCACCACAUCCUGUCGCUCGAGUUGCCAGACAUCGAGGCAGCUGGUCUGUAG